UCGAUCUAUUUCGUAAAAAUUCUAACAAAUAGACAAAAAAUCAACUCGUUUUUUCAAUUGACAUUAUUAUUUCUAUAAGAAUUGGUCAUUGAGGGUUCCAGGCAAAGAUAUGUAUGCUGUUGCCAAAGAACAUCGUAGCAAUAAACUUUUGACUCAAGUUCGUCGUGCUCCAACAUUAGAUAAAUUUGAUGGUCCAAUUAGUGUAAAAAGGCCAAAUCCUAUCGAACUUAAUGAAAUUUGCAAACCAGCCUUACAAUUGAAACAAUGCACUCUUCAUGCUCAACACAAUAGAAUUUAUAGAGCAACGCACCAAGAUCAACAAAAUGAUGAAAUAUCUACUCAACAUGAGGACAUGAUUCGUUUUAUCAAUGAUAGCUGGCGUCGUAUCCAACGAGAAUUGGAAUAUUUCGACAAUAGCAACCACAGUAACAAUAAAGCUUCAGAUGUUUGUGAUAAUAAUCAGGUAAAUGGCAACAAGAUGACGAAUGCGACAGAUACCACUAUUGUCAAAAUCAUACACAUCAACAGUUCAACUUCGUCAUCGAUUCCAAAAAAUUUUGUCCCGUUUGAUUUGGAAUCAUUUUUUGGACAACGUUUCCUCCAGAAAUUACUUCAAUCUUCAUCGUAGAAAACGAGAAACUGUUUAGGUCUUUCGAUAAAACAAUGCACCAAUGGUCUGCAUUUGCGAAUCUGUUCUGGUAUAUAAAUUUUAGUCUUCUCAAAGCCUGAUGUUAAUUGUAAAAGCUUCAGAGCAAAUGACAAUUUGUGAUACAUUAUUUCAGCUCAAAAUUAUUUCCUCUAUAUUUGCCUAUUCUUUAUCUAGAUGUUUGUUUUUUGUCGAUACAUUAGUCAAAUCAUUGUAGUUCUCAUAUAAAUCAAUUGUUGUUAAUAGAAUCAUUUUGUAAAGCUGUUUAAAUGCAAUAAAAAUUAUAAUUUUGUAACCUUCA